GCUAAUUUCCUUUGUAUUUCUGAUCUAAGGAAUAAUGGCAUGUGCUGGUAUGGUUAGGUUCCCCCUGUGGUGUUGGUGUGGGUCUGGGCCUCCCCUGAGCAAACCGGGCCUGGGAGCCCGACCUGACCCCACAGACACUUCACGUUAACGAUGCUGGGGGCACGGAGUGUGCUGUGGUGGCUGCGCCGGGGGCUGCUGCAGGCUACAGGCGGCUGUUCCCAUGUUAGUUCAGUGGAGGGCCAGUGCCGUCUGGUACACACAGGUUUACAGAAGCUACAAGAGCUAGCAGAAAAGGAGAGCAACUCCACAGAGCUAACACACACCAGGCAUUCAGCAGAUUUCAGUAUCCUACCUCCAAUGCCAGGACAGGAGAGCCAUUUGCACUGGGGAAGCAAAAAGUAUGAAGAUCUACACAUAGUGCAUAUAAAGGCAACAUAUAAUAACACACACAUUCAUGUUACUACCCAGGAGGGAAAGAGCAUGGUGAGAACUUCUUGUGGUACCGAAGGGUUUAAGAAUGCCAAGAAGGGGACCCCGAUUGCAGCUCAGACUGCCGGCAUUUCAGCAGCAGCGAAAGCGACUGAUCAGGGAAUAUCCUUUGUGCGUGUGGUGGUGAAGGGUUUGGGACCUGGCAGGCUGUCUGCCAUAAAAGGAUUAAGCAUGGGCGGCCUCCAGGUGGUUUCAAUUACGGACGACACUCCUAUCCCUCACAAUGGCUGCCGACCACGAAAAGCCCGCAGAAUGUGAAGCUUUGCAAUGCAUAACUGAUGAAGAGGCAUCAAACCAAAUUAACCACUCGUUCUAAAAUGUCCCCCUACUCAUCUCAUACCAAGACCAGCUACAUUUGCUAAGAGUCAAAUUAACUGUUACCAGGAGGCAAAUAUUGCAAUAAAAACUGAUUGUGCUGGGUAAA